AUGGCAGGUGUAGCAAAGGUGGCGAUAGCGGUGGUGCUCAUAGCCAUGGUGGCAAACGUACGGUAUACAACAGAGAGCGCAGUGACUUGUGAGUUGGUGGUUAGUAGACUAACUCCAUGCGCCAGCUACCUGAUUAAAGGAGGCCCAGUGCCUAAAUCGUGCUGCACCGGUGUACAGUCAUUGUACAAGGACGCAGACACCACCACUGACCGCCAGACUGCUUGCCGGUGCCUGGAACAAGCCGCCACAUUGGUCCCUGGAAUUAACGUCGACAACGCUGUUAACCUCCCUGCAAAAUGCGAUGUUUCAAUCCCCUACAAGAUCAGUCCUGUUUUCAACUGCUCCACUGUACAAUGAGAAGCAUAUGAAAGGAAAGUGAAGCAGGAUGUUGAA